AUGAAUACAUCAUCACUGGAUUGGGCAGAUGAAGAGGAAUACGGUAGUUCUUUGCCAUCCAUUCAAACGUUUGAUAACCCAGAUGGCACAAAGACCAUGAUUGAGUUUCGCGUGGACGAUAAUGGCAAAAAAGUGAAGGUUACGAGAGUAAUCAAGAAGACCGUUGUCACUGAACGCGUGCAACAUGCUGUUGCCGAGAGAAAGAAGUGGGCAAAGUUUGGACAAGAAGCAGGCAAAGCUGGCGGUGUAGACACUAGAACAACCAGCGUUGGAGAAAACGUACAAUUACGCCUUCAGCUUGGAUGGACGAAUUCUAAGGAAGAGCAACAAGAAGAGGAUGCUUUGGCAGCUGCAAAGGUCAAGGCGAAGAGCGGAUCUGUUGUACGUUGUCGUGCUUGCAAAGGCAGUCAUUUUACUGCCCAAUGUCCUUAUAAGAGUAUCAUUGGACCAGUAGACGAACCACCUUUGGAAGCUACCCCAGCCACGAACAGAAUUACUGGUGCUUUGGGUGAAAAACGCUACCUUCCUCCUCACAUGCGUGGUGCUUCUACUCGUGAAGGAGGUGACUCUAUGUUCAAGCGUGAGCGUGACGAUAGUGCCACCCUCCGUGUCACCAACCUUUCGGAUGAUACCCGUGAAGAAGAACUUCGCGACUUAUUUCGUCGUUUCGGUGGUAUCCAACGUGUAUAUUUGGCAAAAGACAAGGAAACCGGACGUGCCAAGGGCUUUGCGUUUGUCAGCUACUAUGAUAGAGAAUGUGCCGUUCGUGCUCGUGACCGUUUGGACGGUUUCGGUUGGAACAACUUGAUUCUUCGUUGUGAAUUUUCGAAACCUCGUGAUUAA